AUGAAGUGUUAAGGUAAACCGAUUAGUUUUUCUGAAACCAUUGACGCUACUUAUUCGGUUGAAAAAAAUCAUAGUUUAUAUAGUUUAGUUCCAUGUAUAUGUAAGAGAGGAAGGAGUUGAUCAGCCGCUUAGUUUAUCAAUUCGCUUUCCGGCGAAUUGGAAACGAUGGUCAGCCCGCUGUCCACACACUCGGCGCAUAUAGAAAAGCUAGCUUCUCCCGAUCAGAUGGCCUAUUCUCUGGUCCACGACCCCCAGGGCACCCCAUACGGUACUGGACCGACCAAUACCCACCGCAUUCUCGUCCUAUUCGCCAACCUGGGCAACCACUUCAAGCAUCUAUUUGCCCACCUCUUGGACAAGAUAUACAGGAGCUUUUUCUCCGGCCGGGCAGGUGAUGCAUACAAGGAGGUGCCCCCUUCGCAUGCCUCCCUUCGGCGACUGCAGACGGUGGGCCGGAAGACUCUGGUGCUGGACUUGGAUGAGACUCUGGUUCACUCCUGUUACACAGAUCCAGAGACGCAGGAUCAAGUAGGCUGCGGUCAGAUACCUGAGAGGGCAGUGCCCGACUACCAAAUCGACGUCACCAUCGAUGCCAACUCCACCAUUCCCUUUCGGGUCUUCAAGCGGCCUCAUGUGGACAAGUUUUUAAGUUUAGUGUCCAAGUGGUAUGACCUGGUCAUCUACACGGCCAGCCUGGAGGUCUAUGCCUCCAAGGUGGUGGAUCUUCUGGAUGGAGGCCGGGAGAUGCUGACGCGCCGUCUUUACCGCCAGCACUGUCACUCCACCACGGCUCUGUUCACAAAGGACCUGACUCUGGUCAGCGAGGACCUGAGGGGCGUGUUUAUCAUCGACAACUCACCGAACGCCUACCUCUAUUUCCCCAACAACGCCCUGCCUAUAAAGUCCUUCAUCUACGAUCCUGACGACAAGGAGCUGCUGAAGCUACUGCCAUUCCUCGAUGCUUUGCGCUUCACCAAGGAUGUCCGAUCCGUUCUUGGCCGGCGUGUCACUUCCUAGACUCUCUUACCCAUCGUAUCCGUUAGUGUAUAGUCCAUACCAGAAGCCAAAUUGGGACUUUGUUAAGGAAGUUAAGCGAAUUUCUUAGUUAAUGUUAAAAAAUUAUAAAUGAAAAAACCCUCACUAA